CCACGCAUCACGAUGGCGUUCGCUUGCGCUGGUGUGUCCUCGGUGAGCCUCUCCGCUAGGCAUGUUAACAGCGUGACCGCGCGCAAGCCGGCUCGCGCGCCGGUGAAGGCUGCCUUCGCGGUCAGGGCGGAAGCGGCUGCGGUCGCCGCGCAGAAGAUUCGCAUCCGAUUGAAGUCUUUCGAGGUGAACCACAUGGCGGCGGCGUGCGAUAAGAUCAUCGCCGCCGCGGAGGCGACCGAGGCGAAGAUCUCCGGGCCAGUGCCUCUGCCGACGAAGCGACGCAUCUACUGCGUGCUUCGCUCGCCGCACGUGAACAAAGACUCUCGCGAGCACUUCGAGACGCGGACGCACCACCGUCUGAUCGACGUGCACCAGCCCACGGCGCAGACGAUCGACGCGCUCAUGGGGUUGGAGCUUCCCGCGGGGGUCGAGAUCGAGGUCAAGCUCUGAGCGGCGCGCGGCGAGCGAGCGCGCGAGGGGGGGGCGGGUCGAUCUCGGAUUCGGCGAUGAUCAUUUGUGGUGAUUCGGCGGCGGCGAUCGAUCGAUCGGGGACGUCCGGCGGCGGAGGCGCGGUCCGCGCGCGCGAAGGGAGAGACAGACGGACGGGGGUCUGGGUCUCACCCGGGAGGAGCGGACCGUCGCCCGCGUCGGGCGUGUACAUAGCGAUUUGUAAUGCUCGUAGCGGCACAUUCUUUGCUU